UGUAUGAAUUUGUUCAUUUUGCACAUUCACAGUUCUGAGAAGCAUGGAGAUAUGAUCAAGAAAGCAAGAAAUGACAUCAUUUCACCUGAGCUUUGGUCCAGAACAAGCUGAAGAUAUUUCAGUUGACAAACACAAUUUUGAGUUCUGAAAUAACUGAACAGAGAAUCAGCUGAAACAACUGAACAGAGAGACUGCGGAAGAAGAUGAUCGGGGAUGUAGAGAAAAUGGUUGCGAUCGGUAUAGUCUGGGGCGCCACCAAUGCACUGAUGCGCCGUGGCGCCCUUCUCUGGGACCAAGCUCUUAAAUCUUCGUCCAAUGCAACCCGCUCUUCAAACAAACUCCUCUCCUCCCUCCGUCGAUGGCUCAAGCUCCUCUCGAUCUGGCAGUAUACUGUCCCUUUUUUGGUUAAUCUCACCGCCUCAGCUACUUUCUUUGCCAUUCUAAGCGAUGCCCCAAUAUCGCUCGCCGUUCCGGUCACUAACGCCACAACUUUUGCUGCCACCGCUGUUUUCGGAAUGCUUCUUGGCGAGGAAACUCGUGUCGGGUACGCUCUGUUUGGUACUGCUCUGAUUGGGUUGGGCGUAUGGCUUUGCAUUAACUAAUUCCGAUUUGUGAAUUGGAGAACUUAGAUUUGGAGUUUAGUUUGUAAUUGAUUUGCGUAUCAUUCUAGGGUUUUAUCGCUGCGAUUGUAAUUUUCCUCAUUCCGAGAUGCUUGAUAUGAAUGUCCAAAGGGUACCGUUGAAAAAUACUCUGUGAUUAAAUGAGUGAUCGGGCGUUGGGUUGUAUUUGGUCUCUUCAAAUUCCAAAUUAAUUUGUAUAAUGCCCUGAAAAAGGGCUGCUUGCUCCCUCCGCUUGUUUCCAUAACUUGUUUUCUUCGUCCUAAGUCAAGUUCUUUUUGUUGAGAAUUAUUGAAAGGAGUAGUCUUACUUGUUUCCAUAACUUGUUUUCUUCGUCCUAAGUCAAAUUCUUUUUGUUGAGAAUUAUUGAAAGGGGUAGUCUUCCGUUGCCAAAAGCAAAACUAUGGGAGCUUAUGUUCAAAAUAGACAAUAUCAUACCAUUAUGGAAAGUCGUGGUUCCUUACACUUUGGUGCACUUAUACUUUGUAGAGCUCCUUGCAUAACACGAGUAGCUUCUUGGCCUAGAGAGUGGACUGUAUUUUUGCCAAACUCUUUGGUUAUGGGUUCCGGGUCUAAUAGAUAGAGACGAAGAGUAAAGUUUGUCGAGCUCCUCAGUUGUAAGGCUUACAUAGAUAAAGCAACAGGAAAGCAAGUUUUAUAUGAAACAUGUCAAUCAUUUUGGAACAUGGUAAACACGUAUAUCAAAACAAUCAGAAAGCUAUGAUCCCACAUAAAGGAACCAAGCAAGAAAAGGAGAACUGAUCUCUGAAAGAAGAAAAAUGAACAUUUUUGAAACACAGCCGAGUGCCAUAUUGUUAUUGUUGGUAGUAUUGCUGUUCUGAACACUGCAUUAGCUGUUACGCAACAUUGUGUUAGAACUGUCUUCUAUAACAUUCUGGUGGCAUUUGCCCAUUGAACCGUUUAGUGUCUUUGCAGUAAUCAUAUAUCAUGUAGUUCUGCUGGAUUUCAUUAAGCUUAGCCAACUGAGGAGCACUGAGCUGUGCAUAAGCUGGAGAAGUCCACCAGUUUGCUGGGGACUUAGCGGCACAUUGACUAAUGCUGGCUACUCCAUUCCAGUAACAAGCUCUUGGCCUAAAGUGGCGAAAGCUAGCCGUGAAUGGUGCGUUGGCCCAAUUGGUUUUCACGCGGCCUCCUUGAGUUGCCCAAUCAUCUGCAUUCCACAAGCUGGAUAUUAAUUCUCACUUACACAACAGCAUUAGGAUUCCAGUGAAUUGUGUAGUUGUGGAAAUCGGUGGUGGGGUCAAACCACAAUCGAAACUGCUGUUCUCUGUUUCCAACACCCUGAGUGAAUAUGUUUGUAUGAAUGGUGUAAGGCUGUCCUGAAACAUUCCCCAAGAACUCAUAGUCUAUCUCAUCAUGAGCUGAACCUGUAGAAGAUAGCUGCAAAAGUUCCAAGAAUCCCCUGGAACGAGCUUGAUGAGAGCUUCAAAGCUUCCAAAUAAGAAAUCUCUCUUCGACUUCGCUCCCGAGCCUGCAACAACAGAAUCAUUCUUGCUGAAGUCAGAGCUACAAAUAUAUAUAUGAAUUACAGCUUUGCAAACUUGAGGAUUGAAAGUUGGAAAGGUCCCCUGCGUUGACAUCAUAGAAUUUGAAAGCGUGUGGAGCCAUCAACUUGAUAAUGGCAUGAAGCAUAAUGCUGAAGAAGGUAUGAACUACGAAUCGUUCCACGAAAAUUUUAGUUUAUGUAUGUUUAUUAUCGAUCAUGUUGAACUCUUCAAUGUUACAUAUCAACGAAUAUCUUGGCUA